GCAAAACAUCGCGCCCGGCUCACUGCAGUGCUCCCUUGGGGAACCUUUCUACGGCUGGAGGCCCGGCCCAGCUCUGGAGACCCCGCGAGUCUCGGGCUAGCCCGUCGCCCGGCAAGGAGCGGGGUGGGGGGCCCUCCCGGCGACCUGAGGGCAGCUCAGGACACGUCAGUCUUCCCUCUUCCGCCUUCACCCGAGGGGACCUCAGCCCGGCAGAAAGCUCCUUUCCUGGAGCUUGGAGGGGGCCACUACCCCCAGGCCGAGGCCGCUCCAAAGCUCCCAGAUUUCUCCAGUGGGGGUUGCGGUUGAGACCUGGCUACGAGGACACAAACGCCCUUUUUGGAUAAGCGUUGCCGCGGGUCCGGCCGCCUAUCCCCGGGAAGGUUUGGGUUGGGCGUCCAAGAGCCGUGCCCGCUGCUCGCGCCCAGUGACUGCCCGGGACGCGGAGCCCGGGCGGCGGCUGCGCCCACACCUAGCGGACACCGAAGCGCUUGCCGCCUGAACCAAUGGGACUCGCCACCGACUGCUGAGGCCGAGCCCCGAGAGGCGGUUCAAGGUCCUCAACCCGGGCGGGGGUGAGGCUUUGGGCGUCGCUGUCGUAGGACAGCAGAGGACACAGCCCACAUGAGCGUCCUAGAAUCGGAUCUCACCUCACCGCUGCUCUGCCAUCCGUCCUGAAUGGCCUCUCGCCAAAAACCAAAUGCCGUAAAUAAAAAUAUCUUACCGAGGCUGUACUGGAGGCCUCCCUGACCGUAUAGCGACCGUCCCGUGUCCGACGAUAGGCAAGCCUGGGCCAGGUUUGGUGCAGAGGCACGCAAAGACAUCGGGUAUUUGCUCUUUUACCCCGUGAACUGGGCCGCCUGACGCUUGUUGUUAAUUGCAGUGCAAACUGUGUGAGGGAACUUGGGCUACUCUACUGAAUAAUGAGAUCGUACGCAGAAACAAACCAGCCCAGCUGAGAUGAUGCCACCAGCUGAAUUACCCAACUGAGUCCAGCUCAAUUUGUUCAACAACAACAAAAAAAGGUUGUUAUUUUAAGCCACCACCACCACCCCCAAAAAGGAAUACAUUUUAAAGUUAGGUUCCUUAGAACACACUUCUACAACACCUUGCGAUUCUCUGUGAUAUUCUGACACUCAGGUGUUUCUCAUGCUGGAUUAUAAACGCUAGCAGAGGCUCUCUUCGCCUUAUUGGUUAUUUUCUCCCAGGACUCUGUACACUGCCUGGCACAUAGCAGGUGCUCAAUAAACAUGAUUGGUUGAAAGGACCAGAUCCAUGGAGCGAGUCUCACCAAAUUAUAAAGGUACCUCCAGCAAUGAGUAUGUUCCAAACUGCAUUUCCUUCUCAAGCCUUGUGGCCAGUGGUGGAUAGAAGGUGGAUUAUGAUGUGUGCGGAACACGGGACCUUGGGGAGUUCCGUAACCAAGAGGAGAAAGAAGUAACAACAGCCAGUGGAGACAAAAAGAACUGCUUUUCCCUUCUUCCCUCUCCAAGCUCCUAGUGGAGAGCUGAGCCCAGCAUCCCAGACUUGUAUGACUACAUAGGCAAGCUUUGGGAGACUAACUUCACUUUGGUACCCUAGCCGUCAGCGGCUCAAGGUGUUGGCUUUCUGAGCAGACAGGAGGCUUUUAAGUAGCAAAGCUCCCUGCUCUCAGCAAGCCCAACACCAUGGGGAAGGGAGACACCUUGGGAGCACCAUCCACCUCGGCCUACCGCUCUGUCAUGGAGGAAUAUGGUUACGAAGUGGGCAAAGUCAUUGGCAAUGGCUCCUACGGGACGGUGUAUGAGGCUUACUACACAAAGCAGAAAGUCAUGGUGGCUGUCAAGAUCAUCUCAAAGAAGAAGGCCUCUGAGGACUAUCUUAACAAGUUCUUGCCCCGUGAGAUACAGGUAAUGAAGGUCCUGCGGCACAAGUACCUCAUCAACUUCUAUCAGGCCAUCGAGACCACAUCCCGAGUGUACGUUAUUCUGGAGCUGGUUCAGGGUGGUGACGUCCUUGAGUGGAUCCAGCACUAUGGGGCCUGCUCUGAGCCCCUUGCUGGCAAGUGGUUCUCCCAGAUGACCCUGGGCAUCGCCUACCUGCACAGCAAGGGCAUCGUGCACCGCCCUCUCCUGACCCCCAGCCUUUCUGCUGCUGGUAGGGACUUAAAGUUGGAGAACCUGUUGCUGGACAAGCGGAAGAACGUGAAGAUAUCGGACUUUGGCUUCGCCAAGAUGGUGCCUUCUAGCCAGUCUGUGCGGAGUAGCCCUUCCUACCACCAAGGCAACUGCUUUAGCCACCUCAGCCAGACCUACUGUGGCAGCUUUGCUUACGCCUGCCCGGAGGUCUUGCUAGGCCUGCCCUACAACCCUUUCCUGUCUGACAUCUGGAGCAUGGGCGUCAUCCUCUACACGCUAGUGGUUGCCCGUCUGCCCUUCGAUGACACAAAUCUCAAGAAACUGCUGAGAGAGACUCAGAAGGAGGUCACUUUUCCACCUAACUAUGCCAUCUCCCAGGAGUGCAAGAACCUGGUCCUCCAGACACUAUGCCAAGCCACCAAGCGUGCCACCAUCCUGGACAUCAUCAAGGAUCCCUGGGUGCUCAAGUUCCAGCCUGAGCAACCCACCCAUGAGAUCAGGCUGCUUGAGGCCAUGUGCCCCCCCAGCACCAAUCGUCACCAAUCCUUGGAAAUCAGUACCUGAAAACGGCGGGAGGAGGAGGGGGUUGAAAGAGGAGCAAAGCAGGAGGGUCUUGGGCUAAAAAUCUUUCCCACCAAAAAUAAAUCUAAUUCUGUUUUAGUUCCAUCAGCUAGAGUCACAGUCUUCCCUCAGGGGAACCUUAGCAGCGAACACUGCUGAGGGUGAGAGGUGUGUUUCUGCCCAGAGCUUGUAACCAGUCAUCUUGACACUGGUUAAGUCAACAUUAUAAUUUACAGUGUAGCGCAUAUGUGGCUCAUAGGGGAGUGGGUUGGGCGUGCUCAGAGGAACACCUGCUUUGGGGAAGCUUCAUUAUUCUGGCUGAGUACAUGCUCAGUUUUGUCUAUCUCCAUGCACUCUAAAUGUUCAAAUAGUGGGGUAGAGGUUGCUCUACCCUGAUUGCUCGGUUUGGUCACAGCUCUGCCCGUCUACAGUCCAAGGGGACGGCACUGUUCGUUCUUUUAGAUAUGGGUAUCAGGAGGUAUGUAAUAUCUUGGUUCCUUCCUCCUCCAAAUGCCACCUUACCCACUACUGAAACAAUCCUGGUGAAUCAUGGUCCCUCAUCAUUGCUCCUACACGUUGAAGUGACAGUUCAAGCCAAGCCUAUGAUCUAUGCGUUCCAGAGAAAGGAAACCUAUUGACCCCUUAUCCCCGUACGUCUCCUUUCCUACCCUUGAAAGUGGGCUUUGUAAGGGGACAGCUGGUGAGUCACGAGGCUCUCUCGGCAGAGACACAACUGGGUGAAAGCAAUGAGGGAAGGCUCAGGGACAGCUCCACACGGUUCUAGGGAAAAUAACAGAUGGCAGUUUCCUCACCCUCAGCACCAGGCAGCUCUAGGACACACCAGCCUGAGAGAGGGAACAGUAUCUGCCUGGAUCAUAGUAGGUUGAGAUAAUGGAAGCUCCCAUUUCUCCUAUGCUCCAACUCCCCUUCAUUACUCUCAUUACUACUCAUUUCUUGAAACAAAGAUCCAAGGACCAGGAGACGAGUUUCAGUUGUAGACAAGGCAGUAUAAGCACUAGGGUUCCAUCCACC